CGGAAGAGUGCCCUUUUGCAAAAAAUAAUUCCAAGAUAAAUUAGAAUAAAAAAUAAAUCUCAGUAUGAAGUAUACAGAGUCAUGUCAUGUGAUAAUGGACUCUCGUUCCUUAAUUAAGUGACCACCGAGGAGCCCAUUUCAAUAUGUAUGAGUAAAAAUAAUCACGGCGGAUGAAUUUGUUAUUUUAAAAGUAGUACGCUAAUCCAAGAUGGCUGCGUUACGACGUGGAAUUUUUCUGUGCAUAAUUUCAAGUAUUUUUUGUGGGGUUCUAUCUGAGCCAAGAAACGUUGCUGGAAAUAAAGCCAAUGGACAAUUUGUUAACAACCAAGACAAUUCAGUAAUCAAUAGAGAGAAGCGACAGAAGCCACUGGAUAACAAUAAUAUUCCUAAUAACUUCAACAAAAUUCGGAAUCAGAACCCAGGCCUAAACUUCAACAAGAAUCAAGGAUUUCCAAAUGCUCAGGAUAGUAAUAAUCAAAAUUACUUGAAUGCAGCUGGGCAGCAGAAUAACCGUAUAAAUCCUCAAGGUAGAAAUGAUAAUGUGAUUCAGAACAGACCAUUUGGUAACAAUGGCCCACCAAAAGUUAUGAAUCAAAAUCAACGAUUCAAUGAGCCCCCAAGGAAGAAUCCUGUCGUGAAGAUAUCUGAGACACCGCAAUGUGCAGCUGAUGUACAGCGUCUAUGCAGCAAGAAUCUACGAACCAACAAUUUUGCGAUACUUGAAUGCUUGCAGAAUGAUGCAGAUUCAAAGGGAAUUAGCGAGACAUGUCAACAUUUUGUGUGGGGCUACAAAAAGAACUUAACAAAUGAUGAGAGAUUUGAUACUGCUGCCCAUGAGUUCCCUGACUGUGGCAAACUUGAGCCUGGGAAGGGAUGGAUUAUUUCCUGCCUCAUUGAGCAUAAGGAGAACUUGACCAAUGAAAACUGCAAGCAGUUCCUCAACAAGAUGGCUUCUAUUAUAUUUGGCGACUACAGGCUCAUCUGCAACUUUAUGGACAAGUGUCAGAAAGAUGUAGAGUCUAAUAGCUGCGGGAGGCUGGCGCAGAGAGAUGAAGUAGAAGAUGCUUUGCAUUCACAAGGAGAGACCAUCAAGUGUCUAUCAGAGCACGUAGGGACUCUACAAGACACAUGUAAACAUGAGAUUCUGCGUAUAGCCGAACUACAGGCGGAUGACUUCCACCUAGAUAGGGCACUCUAUUACGCCUGUAGGGACGCCAGAGAACAGUUUUGCAAGAAGACAAAAGCUGGAGGUGGCAAGGUUUUCAAAUGUCUUUUCAGACAUAAGUUUGAUAAGGACAUGAAUACAGAGUGUCGAAGUGCACUUGUGACACGCCAAAAGUUGGUGGCAGAAGACUACAAAGUCAGUCAUGGUCUAGUGGCAGCCUGUAGUAGAGAUAUCAGGGCUGCUAAAUGUGCUAUAAGGUUGCAGGAUCAGGGAAUGCCAGAUAAUAAACACGUCAGACUUUCUCAUGUUCUUUUAUGCCUGGAAGCUUCAGAGAAAGGUGGAGAAAGGGUAUCCCCAGAAUGCCUUGCUGAGAUGAGGGACUGGCGUAGAGCAUUGAUGGAGGACUAUAGAAUCAGCCCAGACAUUGUCAAAGAAUGUGCUAAGGAAAUCAUGGGACCAUGCAAAGGUAUUCACAAGGAAGGUAGAACAUUACAUUGCCUCAUGGAUCUUGCAAGACCACAUCAUAAUAGAGAAACUGAAAUUGAAAUAUCCAACACAUGCCUCCGUGCAAUCGAAGAUCUGAUAGAGGAGGCGGAUGCUGGGGAAGAUUUCCGUGUCGACCCUGCACUACAGGAAGUCUGUCAACCUGUUGUCGAGACCCAAUGUAAAGAUGUCAAACCAGGAGAUGCAAAUGUCUUGAAUUGUCUGAUGGAAUUGCUAGGAUCUGAUAAGAUGUUAGAAGACUGCGAGGAGAGGUUGCUCGAGAUACAGUUCUUCGUUGCUAGGGACUUCAAACUAGAUCCAAGGUUAUUCCGCAAAUGCCGCAGGGUAGCUCAGGAGGUCUGCCAAGUUGAUGUUAAAAAGUGGUUCGAGAAAAAAACAGUUGAAGAUGAGGCUGAAAUGGCACCAAAGAGGUUCUUGCUUGCGUGUCUUCACAAUCACGCAAAGCGCAAACAGCUUGAUAGGGCGUGUGCAUUUGAAGUAAAACGUGUGAUGCACCAGAGAGCUGCAAACGUUGACCUAGAGCCACGUAUAGAGACACCCUGCCUGGCCGACCUUGGCGCAUUCUGUUCAGAUGAUGUGGAGAAAGGAGAGGAGGUGAGGUGUUUGCAAGAUCACAUGGAUGAACUGGCAGAGAGAUGUCAAUGGGCUGUAGGAAACUAUACAGAGGAUGAAGAUGAGGACCCUGGUUUGGAUAGAAUCCUCAUGAAGGCUUGCACACCCAUGAUCAAGAAAUUCUGUGAGGAUCUGUUGGACAAUGAUGCUACUGAGGCAGGGGAAGUGAUGGAAUGUUUGAUUAAAUACAAACAUCAUUCAGAUAUGAACACUAAAUGCACGGCAGGAAUUGAGCAUCAUCAGAUUGUCACACUGAAGGACUAUAGGUUCAGUUACAAGUUCAAAGAGGCCUGUAAGCAGGAUGUAUUGACCAAUUGCCGUGGUAUGAAGAGGAAGGCUGAUGUCGUUGUUUGUAUGAGUGAGAUACUAAGGAAUGACACCCUUCUAGAACAGGACCAUCGUAUCUCUAAGCCAUGUAGAAAACAGAUGAAGGUUGAGCUGUUGCAAAGGGGGGAAGAUAUCCAUCUUGACCCAUUCCUGGAGGAGGCUUGUGGCAUGGAUGUUAAUAGAUUCUGUAAAAAAAUAGAGCAUGGCAAGGCUCGUGUAGUAGAAUGCCUGAAGAAGCAUCAGGAUCAACUCACAGCUUCCUGUAAGAAAAAGCUGUUCAAAAGAGAGCAACUGGAAAUGAAAGAUAACAGUGUGGACUACAGUUUAAUGUCAUUUUGCAAGAGAAUGAUCAAUCAUUUCUGCAAAGAGGAAACUGGACCAAGUCUUCUAUCUUGUCUCAAGAAGUACAAAGAUGAAGAAGAGUUUGAUGCCAAAUGUAGAAAAGUCAUAAUCACAAGGCAGGAAAUUCAAAACUUAGACUACCGCUUGAAUCCCCAGUUGAAGACUGCUUGUAAGAGAGAUAUCCCCAAGUUCUGCAAAGAUGUUACAGAUAAUGAACCAAAUGACAAAGAUCUUGAAGGAAAAGUCAUAAACUGUUUAAAGAUAAAAUUCAGAGGCAAUCGGCUCUCUAGGGAUUGCGAAGACAACAUACGUGAAGUUAUUAAAGAGGCAGCUCUGGAUUACAGACAAGAUCCAAUGCUUAUUAAUGCAUGCAAGGCACAAAUAACAGAGCACUGUCUCGACUCCAUAGCUGUAGCUUCUGAUGGCAGUGACGAUGGCAAAGGAGGAGUCAUCAACUGCUUAAAGAAAACAUUUGAAGCUAAAAAAAUUACAGAUCCACAAUGUCAAAAACAAAUUAUCCGUCUUCUGCUUGAGGGUAAGGCAGACGUCCAUGUGGACCCACUCCUCUAUAAAGCUUGCUCUUUAGAUAUAAAACAUUUCUGCUAUAAUGUGCCACAGGGUGAAGGAAGACAAAUGUCUUGUCUACUUGCUGCACUUGAAGAUAAAGGUGUUCGGCUUAAACCAGAAUGUAAUAAAAUGUUAGAAGAACGUGUUCAGAUGUGGGAGUAUGCAGCUAAGGUUGCUCCUCCAGAGACAAUGGGUGAAUUAAUGGAUCAGAUCUCUUCUUCACCAGCUAAAAACUACUUCCUAGGAAUUAUAUUUGCCAUCAUUGGCUUUUUAUUUAUCGCUGGACUAUUUUGUGGUCGCGUCACGAAGCGUGUUCCUGCAGGUCAGAAAAAUAAAUGAUAAAGGUGCGAAUUUGUGAUUCUGCGCACUGCUACACCAUAAAGAUGUACAAAUUUGUUUAAGUUCAAUCGCCAAAUUCCGUACUUUUUUAUACUAUGAAUUUUUAGGUUGUAAAUGCUUAUAUUCUAUGAAUCGAUCAAAUCAGAUGUUUACAAUUUUUACGCAUUGUUAAUGAGAACAUGUUUAAUUCAUCCAACUUUAGAUGACUAUUAAAAAGGCAACUUUACUGAUUGCUUUGAUUUUAUAUCAUGCUGGCCAGCAGGCCAAGGGUAUAUUACCAGAUCAUUCCUAUCUUCCUUUACCUCCUUGUUUUAUCAGUAGAAAUCACCAGUCCGAGUCUUCAUCCAUUCUGAUACUCAUAGCAUCUCUCU